AUGCUCCUCUACACUCACGGCCUCACCCCGCCGGAGGAUACAUCGCAGUCCUCACUCUCCUGUUCUAAGGUCACCGCCAAGCUGAAGGAAGUGGUCGCCGGGGAGCCUAUCGCAGGCCUCAUGACCGCCAUGGACCUGUUCUUCCACAGAGUGCGGGAGCCUUUCAUCUACACUGUGUUCACACUGUGGCCCACCGCCACGCUCUACAUCCUCGGAGUACUCCUCCACCGCAUGGACGUCCUUCGCAUCCGCUCGCACCUCCUCACCAUGAAGGUAUCUCACAACAUCGACAUCAAGGCGCUGCUCUCCACCGGCCGCAGGAUGCUCUCACUAUAUCACGACGUCGACAACUAUACAGGAGGUAAAGUGAGAAAGUGA